UCAGAAUUUGUAGGCUGGCCAAGUGCAUGAGCAGCAUUGCCACACGGCGGACUCCAGUCGACAGCACUUUGUCCAAAGCAGGCAAGAAGGAGUGAUGUCAUAUUCCGACCAGUAUGCCUACAAGCCCGUGCUCACAGGCGAAGCCGCUGCCCUACCUGAUGGCAGCGUGGCUGUUGGUGAGCCCUACGACCCGGAGCCACAUGGAUGCGCCAAGGAGUGCCAAGGCAUAGCCGGAGUGUUAUGCACCUGGAUAAACAUUUUGCUUGUCUUCGUGCCACUCGGGAUUUACAGCCACGUGAUGCAGUGGAGUGCUGCAGCACGCUUCUCCUGCAACUUCGUGGCUAUUGUACCAUUAGCGGCGAUACUAGGCGCCUCUACCGAAUCCCUGGCUGCCCACACGGGACAGAUGAUCGGAGGCUUGCUGAACGCCACCUUCGGAAACGCGGUAGAGAUGAUUGUCACAGUGAAUGCCAUCAAAGCUGGCUUGGUGACGGUGGUGCAAGGGAGCUUGCUAGGUUCAAUCCUCUCCAACAUGCUGUUAGUGCUGGGCAUGUCGUUCUUUGCUGCUGGGAUAGUGGAAAAAGAGAGCCGCUUUAGCGCAAAAGGGGCCUCGGCUAAUAUGACUUGCCUCACCUUGGGCUCGAUUGCGCUCGCAUUGCCCACCAUCUACAACUGCAUGGAGAACACUCCCACGGAGGAUGUGCUCAGCAUUUCCCGCAUCUCCUCUGCCGUCAUUGCGGCAGUCUAUGUACUGUUUCUCAUCUUCCAGCUGCUUACCCAUGCCCACCUCUUCGCCUCUGAGGGCGAGGAAGAUGAGGAGGUUGUGAUGUCGGCGUGCUCAUCAGUGCUUCUCCUCGUUGGGGCCACGGCCACGGUUGCGGUAUGCUCCGAGUUCCUCGUGGAUUCCAUCGAGGGCGUCACAGAGGAGUAUGGCUUGCCAGGAGCGUUCAUUGGCGUAAUCCUAUUGCCAAUUGUCGGCAAUGCUGCCGAGCACGCCACUGCUGUCACGGUUGCAGCCAAAGGCAAAAUGGACCUGGCGCUGGGAGUUGCCGUGGGCUCCUCCACCCAAAUCGCGUUGCUGGUGGUGCCAUUCUCGGUGAUCGUGGGCUGGGUCUUUGAUGUGCCGAUGUCGCUUGACUUCCGGAUCUUUGACACGACAGUCAUGAUCCUGUCAGUCUUUAUCACCCACACGGCGCUGCAAGAUGGCUGUUCAAACUGGUUGGAGGGCUCCAUUCUCAUCGCGAUCUACAUUCUGAUUGCGAUAAUUUGCUGGUACAUCCCAGAUUCGGAUGGAGCAGCUGUGUAGGCGGCAGCCUUUUCCGGAGAGAUGCAAAUGCACUUCUCCCAGACAAUGUGCUGCAGGACCGCUGUGUUUGAAUCGCUCUUGUUCAACCCAAUAGACCC